AUGGACUUAGUAUUCCUGUCGUUCAAUAAACUCGAUGUAAUCCUUGGAAUGAGCUGGUUGGAGUUCAACCAUGUUCAUAUCAAUUGUUUCGACAAGACAGUGUCAUUUCAAGAGUUUGAUACAAGUGAUGAGUUGUUUGUAUCUGCUAAGCAAGUGGGUUCUAUGAAGGUCGAAAGAAAGGCUUUGAUUGGUGAAUUACAUGCGGUGUGCGAAUUUCUAAAAGUGUUCUCAGAUGAUACCAGUGAUUUACCACCGGAGUGCGAGGUUGAGUUCGCUAUAGACAUAGUACCUAGUACUAGUCAUGUGUAUGUGCCUCCUUAUAGAAUGUACGCUUCAGAGUUGAAUGAACUGAAGAAGCAAUUAGAAGAGUUUCUUAAGAAAAAGUUUGUUCGACCGGGUAUUUCACCAUGGGGAACGUCGGUGUUAUUGGUGAAGAAGAAAGAUGGUAGAAUGAGGUUGUGUGGUGAUUAUGAUAAUUGA